UGCUGCCGAAACACAGAACACCUUCUACUCUCGUUUGUAAUAAACACAUUCCGGAUUAUUUUAUGGAUUUAUAAAUGCACAUUUCACGCAUUUCACGGAUUGUACUACGGCCUGGGAAGUGUUAUUCAAGGAGAGAUUGGAUUUUAGAAGUUUCCUCCAGCAGGGAACUGGAUUGAUGUCUUAAUGCAACUGUUUUGGAAAGAGACUAAGGGCAUCUUGACGAAGACUCCAAGUAAAACUUGUUACGGUGACAUCCCGUUCUCGCCGGGCACAGUAGGUGUUUCGGCUUCUUUCGGCUCCACCGGGGAGAUGUUUCAGGGGUUCCCCGGAGACCCCGACACCGGCUCCCGUGGAAGCUCAUCUCCUUCUCUUGAAUCUCAGUACCUGUCGUCCGUGGAAUCCUUCGGGAGUCCGCCCACCACUAGCGCACCGCAAGAGUGUGUAUCAGCCACUGGCGGGGUAGGGGUGGGUGGAGGGUCAACUGGCACCGGGGCAGGGGUGGACAUGCCCAGCUCAUUUGUGCCCACAGUGACGGCCAUCACCACCAGCCAGGAUCUGCAGUGGAUGGUGCAGCCCACUCUCAUCUCCUCCGUGGCACCAGGACAAAGUGGCACGGGCUCCAGCACCAUGACGCAGCCUGUUGCUUUGGAUCCUUAUGACCUGCCAGGCCCAAGCUUUUCGUCUGGUGGAGGCUUCACCCCACCAAGCUCUGAUACUCCUGGCCCAGCGAGACAGUCUCGGAGCCGUCGCCGUGCACGGGAUGAAUCGCUGACCCCUGAGGAGGAGGAGAAAAGACGUGUUAGACGAGAGAGAAAUAAACUGGCGGCCGCUAAGUGUAGGAACCGACGGCGUGAGCUCACAGACAGGUUACAGUCGGAGACAGACAUGUUGGAGGAGGAGAAGGCCGAGCUAGAGGCCGAAAUAUCCGAGUUGCAAAAGGAGAAGGAGCGCCUGGAGUUCGUCCUGGUCGCCCACCAACCCGGCUGCAAAAUUCCCUAUCAGGAACAGCCCCCUGCGCCGCUGCAGAUGCCUCUGCCGCUGCCGCUGCCGCAGACGUCCCCGCAGACGCCUUCUGUCUCCGUGGUGGGUUUGACUGUGAAGGAGGACACUUUCUACCUGCCGCCUGCCUACUCGUCCCACCACCACCACCACGUCCCGGUUUCACAGCCCACGCAGACACAGCCACAGCCACAGCCGGCCCCAGCACAACAGCAGCAAGGGAUGAUGCAGGAGGUAGCCUUUUCUAGUUCUUUCUAUGGGCAGGGCCAGCCGGCGCCGGAUGGCCCGUGCCUUGUUGCCGACGGUGGCGGUAACCCUGACGCCAGCAGCUACAUCCCCUCAUACACAUCUUCAUUUGUGUUCACCUACCCAGAGGGAGCCUGCGGGGCCAGCGCUAACCAGCGAACCAGCAGCAGCGAUCAGUCCUCUGAUUCCCUGAACUCACCCUCGCUUCUUGCACUUUGAGAGCUCUGCGUCUCUCUGCCUCUGCUUGCCUGUCGACAGCAGCACGCGCACACGUACAAAUGCAAACACCUCUCAGACGUUGUACUGAUCUUUUACAUUAAAGCCUUUCGAUUUGAAACCUUUCGAGGCCCAGAUGCGUUAGCGUCUGAGUGACUUCAUCAAAUGAUGUAAGUGUAUAUUAAUUCACAAUGAAUUCAGGCUUAAUAUCAAGAUGAGUCAGUAGCCCAUGCACACUCACACACACACACACACACACACUUAAAUUGUCAUAGACAUUAAAAUCCGUUUGACAUAACAAUGAAAGCACAUCAGCACACUCCCCCUUGCUUUUAUCUUUUCUCGCUCUGGCUUACAUUGGUGUACCAUCUCCCUCCUUCUCUCUCUAUCCACGCCAGGUGCCUGCUGUGUAUUUGUCUAAGCAAAAAAAGGGGGCACAGAACUGCUUUGUGGUUUUUGUUUCGUUUCAUUUUGCGUUUCGGGCUACCUUGCUACGCUUUCUUUCUCCAUCCAGUUCAUCCACACCUCUUUCUGUGACAAAAGGACAUGACCACACACUCUCUAGCUACAGUACCUAUCUCUCUCUUUUUUUUUUCUCCCUCCGUUGUCCAUCUCCACAUCUGUUUCUCCUCUCUCCUGUCUCUAUGUACCUCUGGUUCUCUCUGAAGUCUUCGGCCCCUGAGAGCCCGUUGGACCCUGAAAGCCCAUGGAACCUUGAGUGAGUGCCAGCCCACACCCCAACACCACAAAAUCCCUUCGCACGGACCAGCCCACAGUGGAACCACAGACAUUUCAAAAAAAUCUAAACGAACCAGCCACAGAUUGCACGCAGAUCACAUGCCAUCUCGGAUGCCACCACACUGGCUAAAGGAACGGGACUCUUUAUUUCUCUUCAGCACUGAGGAUUUCAUUUCGAAUGAGCGGAGACACACUGGCUAAACUUUGGCAAGGCCAGUGGAGGAGUUUUGGAGAGCCCUUGGAAUGUGGAGAUACGAGAUGGUGAGAGUAUUCGCAUGACCAUGCUCUACCCGUCAUCUCCCGCUGGUCCUCUGAGAGCUUUUGUACCGUGUUUGCCCUUUCCCCUUUCUUGAGCAAGUUAGAGGAGUUUGUUUGUUUGUUUGUUUCAUUCUGUGUUUCAAUGAUAGUAUUAACUUUGAUCUCAAAAGUGGCUUACCUGAUGAUAACAUACAAGAGUGGCUUGACACUCUGCGUUUGAAGAGCAUUAUAACAAGCAACCAAAAAAAAAAAAGGACAACCUCUUGGUUUUGGAUGAGUGGCCUCUGUGCUUCUUAAAGUCCUUGACAUAGUCUUUGAGCUGUGGGUGUGGAUUAGCACAGCUCUAGGCUUUGAUUGUGAAUGGAAGCCACAGAGUACUACAUCUCCAGUUGAUUUCUUUCUUUAAGGGGGUUGUUGUUGUUGACGUUGUUGUUGUUGUUGUUAAAAUGGAAAAAAGCACAAAUGCCGGCUGCGGAUGGAAGGAACACAAAGCGACCAACCUAAAGGACGGGAUGUGCUUUUGAAUAUGAACCGUUUACUUUCCUGUGAAUGUUUUUGAUGUUUUGAGUUACUGAUUUUUCAUGAUGCUUUUACUCUUUUGCUCUUGAUUGUGCCGUUGCUGCCAAAUGGAAGAAUUUUGUGGGGCUGUUAGCUGCUCCUUCUAUCUGUUACUGUUGUCUUACUGCAGUUAUCACGAAUAUUGUUAUUAUGGUUAUUAUAAUUAUUAUUAUUAUUAUUAUUAUUUCAUAGUUAUCUCAUGUUGGCAACUAAAAAGGCAUGUUGUGCACUAUGAACCUUUUUUAUGUCUAAAACUAUAUAUAUAAAAUAUAUAAAAUAUGUAUGCAUAUAUAUACAUAUUCAGUGUGUAUAUAUAUACAAUGAUUGUAAUGUAAUGUAUGAAUGUUCAGAAAAUGUUAUUUUUGUCAAUGAAGACAGAAGGGAGAGCUUGAUGCACUUGGUUUUGGUUUAAACAUAGAUAUUUUUCUAAAAGAACAAAAAGUAUAUUAUAAUAAACAAUAACAGCCCGCCUUUCCCUUAAUAUGAAAAGCAUUGUCACUGCCUUUCAUUCGAAACGUGUAAUAUGUAUGAUGACUGUAUUGAAACUGUGGUGCAUAUAGUGUAAUAUAUGUAUCACAGAUUUGUGCUGUGCUUGAUUUGUCAAUGAGGUUGGUUCCACAGCCCUUGUUCAUCAACCCCUGUGGACAAAACACACUGGACGCAAAAUAUCUAUAAAUGCAUAAAUAAAUCAAUCAAAAAGAA